UCGGUUUCCCCAGGGGUCACCUUUGAAAAGCGAAAAAUGUGUGAAAAUAGGCAAAGCUGAAUAUAAACCACUUAGUUCAGCCUCCGCUCCUGUGGGAGCCUGGGGGGAAGGGAGAGGAAGAGUGGAGGAGGAAGAGGCGGGAGGUGCGGCGGGGGCACAGGUGACGCUCCUCCCGCCUCUCAAGCAGAGCUCCAGGCGCACAUCCGCAGUCAGCCACCUCGCGUGCGCCUCCAGGAGCCAGGAUGGAGAGGCUGGUGAUCAGGAUGCCCUUCUGUCAUCUGUCUACCUACAGCCUGGUUUGGGGCAUGGCAGCAGUGGUGCUGUGCGCAGCACAAGUGCAAGUGCUGACCCAGGAUGAAAGAGAGCAGCUGUACACUCCUGCUUCCUUAAGAUGCUCUCUGCAAAAUGCCCAGGAAGUCCUGAUUGUGACAUGGCAGAAAAAGAAAGCUGUAAGCCCAGAAAACAUGGUCACCUUCAGCGAGAACCAUGGGGUGGUGAUCCAGCCUGCCUAUAAGGACAAGAUAAACAUUACCCAGCUGGGACUCCAAAACUCAACCAUCACCUUCUGGAAUAUCACCCUGGAGGAUGAAGGGUGUUACAUGUGUCUCUUCAAUACCUUUGGUUCUGGGAAGAUCUCAGGAACAGCCUGCCUCACUGUCUAUGCCCAUAGUAUCCCUUCACUACAAAUACUCUGAAGACCACCUAAACAUCACUUGCUCUGCCACUGCCCGCCCAGCCCCCAUGAUCUUCUGGAAGGUCCCUCGGUCAGGGAUUGAAAAUAGUACAGUGACGCUGUCUCACCCAAAUGGGACCACGUCUGUUACCAGCAUCCUCCAGGUCAAAGACCCUAAGAAUCAGGUGGGGAAGGAGGUGAUCUGCCAGGUGCUGCACCUGGGGACUGUGACUGACUUUAGGCAAACUGUCAACAAAGGCUAUUGGUUUUCAGUUCCACUAUUGUUAAGCAUUGUUUCCCUGGUAAUUCUCCUGGUCCUAAUCUCAAUCUUACUGUACUGGAAACGUCACCGGAAUCAGGACCGAGAGCCCUAAAUGAGUCACACAGCACCCUGAAAGUGAUUCCCUGGUCUACUUGAAUUUGACAUGAGAGAAAAGCAGGAGGAAAAGGGGCCAUUCUCCAAAGGACCUGAAAGAGCAAAAGAGGUGGGAGCGAAAGCCUUAAGGAUCCCACGACUUUUUACUGCCAUCUGAGCUACUCAGUGUUUGAAUCCCAAGAGGAAGUCAUUUUACCUCUCAGGUCUGUUGUAGGACUUGAUUUUGUAAAGCAAUGCCAUGUUAUGUGGUUGAAAGAGCACUGGACUUAGUAUCAGGAGCACUGAGCUCUCAGACUGACUUGGACUCCUACUGGUGGGGACCUCUGUUAGUCACUUUACCUCAUCCAAAGUAUAAAGGAAUUGGACCAAAUAAUUUACCACACAGCUCUAAAACUUAAUUUAAAAUGUAAUUCCAGAAAAAAAAAAAGGGGGAAUAAGCAAAGGGGAAAGAAGUGAAAGAGAGAAGAAAGAAUACAGAGAGAUGACCUUUUGCCUUUCCGUUGAUGUUAUAUCCCUUCUUCCCAUGUUCUUAGGUCUAUGAGUCUGUUUCCCCAUCAUUUGGUAUCUAGUCCACUUCCUGCUUACUGCUUUGCUAAUAGCUGGCCUUGCUAGAAUCAUUGGUUUCACUGCUGUUCUUCAUGUGCUUCUAUGAGAUUUACUCCAACAAAAAUAGGGCUGAAUUUAUUGUGAAGUAACAUUGGCAAUCUUAACUUAUUCAUUUAACUUACCUAUUUUUAUAGCUGGAUAAAUAUUGUUAGUCUUAGAAUAGCUCACAUUUUUUGAGAAGCAUGCUUUCCCUGUCCAUUUGUCUUAUAACAUGACCCAGCCCCAUUUUAAGUCAUUCUAAAUUCAGCCUCAUAUAAUGAAAAUACAUUAUGAAAACAGAUGUUUAGGAGAUUUUCUGUAUAGCAGUCAGCCAAUUCAUAUGCUUUGUCUCUGCUGACUUCUUUUGCCAUGCAUUAACUUUUCACAAUAGCAGAGGAGGCAAAUAUGAGCAUACAAUCCCUUUGUUCUAAAGAUAUUGUUCCAGCUAGUGGAAUGAUGUUGAAUCUUUAAUAACCAUAAGUCCAAAUUAGUUGCUUUUUCAGUAUCUUUUGCUUUGUCUGUGUCUAUCCAGUGGCCUAGGAAUUAAAGUGUAAGUUGUUUUCACUGUUAAAUUGGAUAUUUAUAUAUAUAGAGAGAGAGCAAGAUUUUCAUGUGUUAUUUAAUUCUGUAUUGUUUCUUAUAUUUGUAGUAAAAUAUUGAACAAUUAAAAGUGUUGGAUCCAAA